AUGUUACAGGAACGUGUGGGCGGGGAACAGGUCGGUAGCCCAAACACCAAUCUAGUGUCUUCUUUCUCCUUAGGACGUGAGAGGAACAUUGCGCAGAUUUUGUCAGUGCUGCAGCAAUGGCCAAAGACCACCACGUCCUUGGAGUUGACCGCAUGCUGGGUCCCUGGGAGGAGAGAACUUUUCUCUCUCUUCGCAGAGUACAUGACCCUGACCUCAAAUACAGCCAGUCCCCAUCUCAUCUUGUCACAGGAUCGGAGGAGUGUGACGUUCGUGGAAGCCUCGCAGGAUGUGCCCGACUACUAGGACCGAUUUGAAAACUGGCCGCGUAUUAUGCUCCCUGGUGCUCAUCUCGGGGCGGCACGACUGGGAAAUACAGAUUGUAGAGAAGCCAGACUCGGAGGUGAUGGUUUGUUAAGAGUCGAGGAGCAUGAGGAACAACGCGCCAGUUGCCCCAGGGGGCGCGCUUUCACUGAUGGCCUUCCAGGCUAUAAAUGGGGUCAGUUUCUGGAUCACCUUCCCCUUCACCUAGCUCACUAUGGCCCUACCAAUCUGUCGGGCUGGAGGUUUCCUAGAUUAUAA